GGGCAGGCCACUGUCCUUCGCUGCUCCCCAGGGGCACAGACGCAGCUCCAGGACUUCCCUGCAGGUUUCUCUGGCCAGUUGCUCCCACUGUCUGCGAGGAUGGGGAAUAUCUUUGCGAACCUCUUCAAAGGCCUUUUUGGCAAAAAAGAAAUGCGCAUCCUCAUGGUGGGCCUGGACGCCGCAGGGAAGACCACCAUCCUGUACAAGCUGAAGCUGGGCGAGAUCGUGACCACCAUCCCCACCAUAGGCUUCAACGUGGAGACCGUGGAGUACAAGAACAUCAGCUUCACCGUGUGGGACGUGGGCGGCCAGGACAAGAUCCGGCCUCUGUGGCGCCACUACUUCCAGAACACGCAGGGCCUGAUCUUUGUGGUGGACAGUAACGACCGAGAGCGGGUGAAUGAGGCCCGCGAGGAGCUCAUGCGGAUGCUGGCUGAGGACGAGCUGAGGGACGCUGUCCUGCUCGUGUUCGCCAACAAACAGGACCUCCCCAACGCCAUGAACGCGGCCGAGAUCACGGACAAGCUGGGCCUGCACUCUCUGCGCCACAGGAACUGGUACAUUCAGGCCACCUGCGCCACCAGCGGGGACGGGCUCUAUGAGGGACUGGACUGGCUGUCCAAUCAGCUCCGGAACCAGAAGUGAGCCUGUGCCCCCGCGCCCCUCUCUGCCCUCGCUUUUCUCUCAUGUGGCAAACGUGCACCUGUGGUGUGAGUGCCAGAAGCUGUCUCCGGGCUGGCCAGUGCUUCACCAUGCUGUACAUGUGCAGGCGAGCUGCAGCCGGGUUUUAUUUAAUGUAAAUAGUUUUGUUUCCAACGAGGCAGUUUCUGGUACUCUAUGCAAUCUUACUCAGCUUUUUUAUUGUACAAAAAGAAUCAACCCGCCGUUCAGUGCUGAGACGGGAUGGCAGGCACUGCGGCUCAGGAGUGCUGGGUCAGGUGCCCGCACGUCCUCGGGGCUCCAGUCUGUGUUGAGGUCCAUUUUGGUUUUUAACCCGAACUCAGUGCAUUUUUUAAAAUAGUUCCAAACACAAGAUAAGGAGAACACGCGAACACACAGAGGGAGAGACGUGCCUCGUGGAGAUUCUGCAGGAGCGGCCUGCGUGCGGCCCUGUGCCAGUGGGGCUGCGCGACACCCACUCUGCAUGGUCACAAUUGGGUCCCUGUGAUUUGCUGUCUCGGGCCACCCUGUCCCCGUAGCGUCUGUGCUUGUAUUUGUGCUUAAACGGCUGCCCAGGAGACUGGCCGGGGGCUGCUGCCAGCUACUCGGACUCACGGGGGGGAGGGGGCCUGGCCUCCCCUUGGGUCCGCGUGGGGCCCUCCGGCCGGAGCACAGCCUGCCUGCCCCUCGGCCUGCCGGGCUGGCUGGGGCUCGGCCGUGGGAGUGCGGGUGGCGGGCAGGCGGACAAGGCCCGCCGGCCACAGCCCCGAGCCCCGGCUACCUGCGCUUUCACUCCCUCCGCCUGCAAGGGUCAGAUUUGCCAUCGAAAACGACGACCUCUACUUUUUUCUUUUGUAUUUUGAUAAACACUGAAGAAGCUGGAGCUGUCAAACUUUACUUGGGGAAACCUCAGAAGUGGUUUAUUUGGUGUCGUGGAACCUUACUGCUUUCAAUACACGAUUAGUAAUCAACUGUUUUGUAUACUUGUCUUCAGUUUUCAUUUCGACAAACAAGCACUGUAAUUAUAGCUGUUAGAAUAAAAUCUCUUAACUAUUU